AUCGCAUCUGAAGGCGGAAAGCAAAUCCAGAAGGGCAGGCGUCUUCAUCAACGCCGUUCUCUUUCUCCUCAAACUUUCUCGGUUAAUUUUGUUCCAAAUCUCAGCGACAAUGAGAGAGUGCAUCUCGAUCCACAUCGGUCAGGCCGGAAUCCAGGUCGGAAAUGCCUGCUGGGAACUCUACUGCCUCGAGCACGGCAUUCAGCCUGAUGGCCAGAUGCCAGGUGAUAAGACUAUUGGUGGAGGUGAUGAUGCUUUCAACACCUUCUUCAGCGAAACUGGUGCUGGAAAGCAUGUUCCUCGUGCAGUUUUUGUAGAUCUAGAGCCUACCGUCAUUGAUGAGGUUAGGACUGGAACGUACCGUCAACUCUUCCACCCUGAGCAGCUUAUUAGUGGCAAGGAGGAUGCGGCUAACAACUUCGCGCGCGGCCAUUACACCAUUGGGAAGGAGAUCGUUGAUCUUUGCUUAGAUCGCAUUCGCAAGCUUGCUGACAACUGCACUGGUCUCCAAGGAUUCUUGGUUUUUAAUGCUGUUGGUGGUGGUACUGGUUCAGGACUUGGCUCUCUUCUGCUGGAACGUCUCUCAGUGGACUACGGCAAGAAGUCCAAGCUUGGGUUCACUGUUUACCCCUCACCACAGGUUUCAACCUCUGUUGUUGAGCCUUACAACAGUGUUCUCUCUACACACUCGCUGCUGGAGCAUACAGAUGUUGCGGUGCUGCUUGACAAUGAGGCCAUCUAUGAUAUAUGCAGGCGUUCACUUGAUAUUGAACGUCCCACUUAUACCAACCUUAAUCGCCUGGUUUCCCAGGUAAUAUCGUCAUUGACUGCCUCCCUGAGGUUUGAUGGUGCCUUAAAUGUGGAUGUCAAUGAAUUCCAGACUAACCUUGUCCCAUAUCCUAGGAUUCACUUCAUGCUUUCAUCUUAUGCUCCUGUGAUCUCAGCUGCGAAGGCCUAUCAUGAGCAGCUCUCUGUUGCAGAGAUCACAAAUAGUGCUUUUGAGCCUUCAUCCAUGAUGGCCAAGUGUGAUCCUCGCCAUGGCAAGUACAUGGCUUGCUGCCUGAUGUACAGAGGUGAUGUGGUUCCAAAGGAUGUCAAUGCUGCUGUUGCCACUAUCAAGACCAAGCGCACAAUUCAAUUUGUUGACUGGUGCCCAACUGGUUUCAAGUGCGGUAUCAACUACCAGCCUCCAACUGUUGUUCCAGGUGGUGAUCUUGCUAAGGUGCAAAGGGGUGUGUGCAUGAUCUCCAACUCCACUAGCGUUGCAGAGGUGUUCUCUCGUAUUGACCACAAGUUUGAUCUCAUGUAUGCAAAAAGGGCAUUUGUGCACUGGUAUGUUGGUGAGGGUAUGGAGGAAGGUGAGUUCUCUGAGGCUCGUGAGGAUCUUGCUGCCUUGGAGAAGGACUAUGAGGAAGUUGGAGCUGAGUCUGCUGAGGGCGAAGAUGGUGAAGAUGGAGAAGAUUAUUGAGAAUUUACAUGUCUGAUGUUUGCUUUGUUGCUUCUGUGUUGUGGUGUUAUCAUUAUGUGUCUUUUUUUCUUGGUGAAGCAGCUUUACUUGCAUGCUUGAAAUUGUUCCUGUAUUGAACUUUUGGAUGAUAUGGCAUUGGCCUCGUGACUUUUAUUGUAAGAACUUUGUUCAUUGUUACAUUGUUUUCUGCUGUUGAAUCCUGCAAUUAUUGUUAAUCACUCUUGGUGAGUUUACA